UCGAUGUGCGGCCCCACUGCGCCGAAAGCUUUCGCGAAAUAAUUGAAAGCUAUUUUUAAAGCUAUUUUGGACCAGAUCCGCAGCUUUUUUCCAUAUUGAUUAGUUAUGUCGCUUUUGUUGUUUACUCGCCACAUUUUUUUUGCCCAGGCCAGUUAAUUGUGUUAAUUCCCGGCGCGCGGGAAAAGAAAAAAAGGGCGAACCACGGUGGAACCACGGAAGGACCUGACUGCCGCCAAAGAAUAACCACCACAAACACCACAAACCGGAUCCCAAAGGCGAGUCGCGAGCGAGCGCACCAAAUCCCCCGAUGUCAGCGGGUGUGGGUGGCGGAGGGAGCAUUACCACCGAGCACCACAGUCGCCUCUACUUCCUCAACUCGCCAACGGCGACGCUCACCACCCGCGAUCCGUUCUUCAUCAAGCCGGAGUAUCUCAGCUAUGAGAGUCCCAUGCACCAUGCCCUCUACUCGGGCAAUCGUGGCCUCCUAGAGUACAACAACUAUACGAGUUCGGCGGCCGCUGCGGCAGCCGUUGCCUCAUCCGUUGCCACCUCCGUAUCCGUGUCCGGUUCGGGAACUGGUUCAGGAACCGCAGGAACAGCAGCCAGUGCCUCAGUAAGUGCAGCGAACAGCGGUGGCAGUGCGUCUGGAACGGCGGUGCUGAGCCUAGAGAACAACUUCGCACAGCAGGGCAAUCCCCAUCAGCAGCAGCAACAGCAGGGCAAUCCCCACCAGGAGGUCCUCCAGCAGCAGCAUCCCCUGCAUCACCAUUUGUCCGCCGGCGUUGUGGUCGAGGCCGGACAACUUGGUGGCGUCCCGGGUCUUGCCAAUCUUGGCGUUCCGCAUCUCAGCGCUCAGCAAUCAGUGACGCAGCAGGGUCAAUCCUCGAGAGCGCAAAAGGCCGCCCGCCGGAGAAGCAACGAAUCGAUUGAGGCUAGGGAAAGGCGGCUGGAGAGAAACGCCGCCCGGAUGCGGGACAAACGGGCCAAGGAAUCGGAGGCCGAGUACCGCGUGCGUUUGGCCAAGAAUGCGGAGGCGAAUCGAGUGCGCCGCCAGAAUGAAACGGAAGUACAAAGAACCCUAAGACUGAUGAAGAAUGCAGCGCGGCAACGACUGCGCCGCGCCUCGGAAACCGUCGAGGAGCGCAAGAAGCGGCUGGCCAAAGCCGCCGAACGGAUGCGAAUCGCCCGGGCCAGUGCGCCCAAGGUUAUCAAGCCGCCGCUGGCCGACAGGCUAAAGGGUUACUAAUGGAGGAUCGUAUAUCGGUUGGCCUGGCAUCAGGCAAAGACGCCCAUUUGGAGCUGGCUCUCCGGCAGAGCAGCUGGGCCGAGCAGCACGAAAAGCUGGCCAGGAUCGGCAGAGGAACACAGACACAUCCACAAAUUAUAUAUAUAUUGUAUACAGCCUAUAAGAAAAAAAAGAAUGAGAUAUGGAAACCAGUCCGAAACCAGGAGGAUUCUCGAGGAUUAGCAGAUGAAUGGGCUGCUGCAGGCACUCUAGGAUUAAAGCCAGGCAAUUUUUUUUUUUUAAGUUAAAAAUUAACAUGAAGUAACGUAAUGUAAUCGUAAAGUAAAGUAUUUUUAUAAUGCAUGCAUUAUAUUCGUACGAUAUGUAUACACACACGACACAAAAACCACACAUACCCACACCCACACACAUGCACUACCAUAGUCAUAGCACACAUAUAGAGCCCCCAAAAAAGGCAGUAAUGCCCCCACUCCCCGAGGAAAAAGGAAGCUUACAACGCCAGGGUGCCUCACUGUAAAUAAAAAUUAUGGGAAAAAUCGCCAAUGACUGAGGUAUACCUCCCAAACUUAAAAAGAAGAAACCCGAAAAACUAUAAAAAUAAUUAUUGAGCAUCGCGGAUGGACGAGGCAACAAGUGCCUUUCGAGGAAAUCCUCGGGCGAAACUUGCUAUAACAUUCAAAAAAUCGUAUUUUUCCACAACUGAGGCACCCUGGCGACGAACAACCCCCAUAUGUGUGUGUAGUUGGUAAAGGCAUGUAACCCAAAACGGACUACGCCACUCACAUAAGGAUAUGAUAUAUACAUACACACUCGGCAGC